AACAAAUAAACAUUGAUUUUUUCUUCAAAAUUAAUAAAUCAAGCAAUAAUGACUCAAAUACAAUUCCUCAUUGUCCUUUUACUACAAAUCCCAUUAAACCAAGCUACAAAAGUCCAAAAUGUCCUCAUGACCGAAGUUUUUGCCAUAAUCCUGGAUCCUCCAAUGUUCAACUGGACCUAUGAAGGUAGACGGGAUCAGUUUACUUAUGAAGCAUCUUUAGCCGACUCUCCAGACUUGCCUUCUUGGGUGCAUUAUGUUUACAGCGACAGACACCGUGCUGGGUUUUUGUACGGGGUUCCUCCCAGUCACAGUAAGACUGUUAUUCCAUUGGAUAUUGUUGCGUUGAAUAAGAAGAGCUAUGAAACUAGGGUUGAAAACGUGCAAAUUAUAAUCCAAGAAAAGCUAAACACGGCAAGAUACGAAGUCCACAUGAAAAUCGACAACCUAAACGUGGCCGAUAUGUUUGACGUUGACCGUAUGGACGCUUUGAAAGACAUCUUCAAGGGACUUUUAUGGAAGGAUUCAGAAGACGAUUUAUAUGUGACGUUUCUUGAAAGUGCCAUCGAAAUGGGAGCUAGAAAGCCUGUAAAUCCUAAAGAAGGAGAAGGUGUAGUACUAAGAUUGGGCAGUGAAGUGAUGUUUUCCUCAGAACUACUAGAACUCCAAGAAGAGGUUCGUCCAUUGUACAAAAUGCAAUCAUGCCCGAGAGAUUUUAAACGCACAUCUGUAGAAAGGUUUUUCAGGGAUGCCGGAUUUGCUUUAGACUGGUGCUCAUUCAAAUUAAUUCAAAAAGAUACCAACAACAAUUCGGACAUGCAUAAAUCCAAUGAAAAAAUCAACUCUGAAGAAUUGACAGACAAAUGGCAACCGUCGUUUAGUAGGGCAGAUAUUCCUGUGAGGUCUUAUAAAAGGGAAUUGGUUAUGGCUAUAUCGUUGCCUAUGAUUAUUAUGACUGUUUUGAUAUUAGCUUUGACUUUCAUUUUGUGCUUGGAACAUGACGACAUAUUUGAUGAAAUUCAAAACAAAUUAGAUUUGAACAAGUGUGCAGAAGAACUUGCCAAUUUGAAUCCAAACUAUUUGUCAAUGCUAGAAGAUUGUGGUAAUUUAGAAGAUAUUGUUUUGAUUGAAAACGAAAUAGAACUAUUACAGAAUGAAAACAAGGAUUUGGAUAUGUUAAUCAAGAUUUAUGAAAACGUUGACAGUAAUAUUUCCUUAGAGCUAACAAACAGAACACGCGAAGAAAUCAAAACAAAAGUUGAAUGCAAAAACUUACAAGAAAUUUGUGAAAAUUUGUGUUCAAAUUUAGAAGAAAGCAAUACAAUUUUAAAACAAUCUUUGGAAAAAUAUGAUCCAGAAGCCCAUUUGAUAAACUUUGUAAACGCAAAACACUAUUACGAAAACAUCGAAAAUUUAGAAUCAUGCCUAUUGCCAAUCCUGAAAACAAACAAAACCAUAUUAGAAAACCCUGAUGACCAAACUUCUAAAGAAUUAGAAACUUGCAGGAGAAGAAUUUUGCACAGUCAUCAAAUAUUUAUCAGCAACAAAAUGGAAAUUGAAAAACUAAAAGGAAUUUUUGAGUUUUUAGAUAAAACUAAUAUAGAUGAAAGUGGCAGUUGGACUUCAUGUGCUACUUAUUUUGAAGCCAAAGAGCUUUACUGUAAAAGACAAUGUGAAGUAUUGAGUACCAUCGCAAGCAAAAUUGCUGAUCAGCAUAUUAAUCAAACCAAAAUAUAUUAUUUGGAACAGGAACUUCAAGAAUUUCAGCAAAAAUCCGAAAGCAUUUCAAAAUUAUUAGAAAACGUCAACAAGUGUUUGUCCUAUUAUGCUGUUACAAACUGUUUGCUGCUGAUAGAAAAACAAGAUGUUGCAAACAUGACGAAUUUUCAUCAAAAAAUCAUCUCUUAUAUUAAUGAAGAUUUACAUAAGUGCUCCAAAAGAACUGAACAAAUGAACAAUAUAAUUGCAGAUUAUAAUUCAAGUUUAGCUUCAAGAAAAGGAAAUCUUAUAUCACUAUUUGCAAAAGCUUUAAAUUGUGAUAAAAAUGACUUACAAUCAAUUGCAACUGCUUUAAGCAAAUUUAAAAGGGAAUUAAACAUUUUGGAAGGACAAGUUUUUCGUGAGGACUUUCAGAAAAAGCAAAAACAAAUUGACAAAAUAAAUGAAGACAUUAGAAUCCUUCAAAAAUUCCUUAUAUCCGGACCUACAAACAGAAUAGUGGUGGUACCGAUGGAACUGCAAAAAAUCUGGCUGCUAAUUGAAGAACAUUUGAAAAAAGAAAGCGAAAGUGUCAGUCAGGCUGUUCAGAGUCCGCAAAUUGCAAGGAAAUCGAUGACAAAAGCUCAAAAAUACCAGAAGAAACUUUGGAUUAGUUUUCUUACUGACACUUCCAAGGUGGAGUCUAUUUUGAAACAAGCCGAAGAGGAGUUCGAGAACAGGAUGAAACAAUAUUUUUAGCUUAUAACUAUGUUACAUUUAAAUGAUCAAAUAAAAGUCGCAUUAA